AUGGCGUGUCUAGAACAUAAAUUUAUUAAAACCUUAAAGAAACGCCAUUGGAGAUCAACUAAUACUAACGAUACAAUCGCAAGGAGUGGCUUACACGGAAGUCUAACAAAACUAAUUAAGAUUAACUCAGAAACUUGUAGUACACCGGGCAAGAUCGUAAAAAAGUCAUUUAAUUCAAAGGCAAAAGUUAAGAAAUUCCCAUUCAAUCAUCAGGAUAUAGAAAAGUUUCGGACUCUUAAUAGUCUUUCUGAUAAAUGUGAGCCGGGGAGGAUGUAUCGUAUUGAUUGCAAUGGAUGUCUGUGCCAGGAAUCAAAUAAUUUAGUUUGCGAAGAAAAUCUCUGCUUAUCGAAAAAAGGUCUCAUCAAAAUGGAGGCAAAGAAACUCUCUGGUAAAAAAUGUCAUCAAAAUGAAUCGUAUGGCUGCGUUGAAUGCAAUUGCGUGAAUCGAAUCACUGUUUGCAAAGGAAUACCGCAGUGUGAUGAACGUGCGAAAUUGACUGGUCAUGCCGCUAAUGUGCCCUUGGCCUUGAACCCUAAUAAAGAGAAAUGUGUUCCGGGGACUAUGUAUAGUGUCCAAUGCAACCAGUGCCAUUGCCAGCUGGAUUCUACACUCAGAUGUACCCAAAAGACCUGCCUCAACUACGCCCAGGCGUUGAAACUUGAAAAGCAACGUCUUCACCUGGAAAAACAUGGCCUAUAACCUGUACUAUAAAAUAUAUUUUGUAUUAACA